CUGCUUCCUUAAUGCCUCUACAAAAGGCAAUUCUAGCAAUACGAGCAAAAACCACAACACAGUCUUUAGCUUGAAAAACCCCUUUCAACUUCGUCUUCUUCUUUCCUUGCAUGCCAGUUUUUUCUCCCAUUUCUUUUGUGGGUUUUUCGUUUUGGGCUCUCUGUUUUAGCCAUGGCGGCUAAGAAACUCUGUGAGUCCUUUUCCAAGAGCCUGAUCGACGAUGUCCAGAAAUGGGGUUGUAUGAAACAAACUGGGGUUAGCUUGAGAUACAUGAUGGAGUUUGGCUCCAAGCCCACUGCUAAGAAUUUGCUCAUUUCUGCUCAGUUUCUUCAUAAGGAGCUUCCAAUUCGGAUUGCUAGGAGAGCGAUUGAGCUCGAGAAUCUUCCUUAUGGUCUCUCUGUUAAACCUGCUGUUUUGAAGGUUCGCGAUUGGUAUUUGGAUUCUUUCCGUGACCUUCGGUCCUUCCCUGAGAUAAAGAAUUCAGAUGAUGAAAAGGAGUUUACACAAAUGAUAAAGGCAAUUAAGGUGAGACACAACAACGUGGUUCCAACAAUGGCUUUAGGUGUUCAACAGCUUAAGAAAGGCCUACGUCUAAAUAAUGUUGGUUAUCAAAAUCUUCAUGAGAUUCAUCAGUUUUUGGAUCGCUUCUACAUGUCAAGAAUUGGAAUUCGCAUGCUCAUUGGACAGCAUGUGGAAUUACACAAUCCCAAUCCCCCUCCUGACUGUGUAGGAUAUAUACACACAAAAAUGUCUCCUGUGAAGGUUGCGGAGAGUGCCAGUGAGGAUGCUCGUGCAAUCUGUUUACGUGAGUAUGGCAGUGCCCCCAAUAUCAAAAUCUAUGGAGAUCCAAGUUUUACAUUUCCUUACGUUCCAACACAUUUGCAUCUUAUGGUUUUUGAGUUGGUGAAGAACUCAUUACGUGCCGUUCAAGAGCGCUUUAUGGAUUCUGAUAAAGUUGCUCCUCCAGUGAGAAUCAUAGUUGCUGAUGGAAUUGAGGAUGUCACUAUUAAGGUAUCAGACGAAGGUGGCGGCAUACCUCGAAGCGGCCUUCCCAAAAUUUUCACUUACCUCUACACCACUGCCAAAAACCCUCUGGAUGAACAUCCAGAUCUGGGAACAGCAGAUUUGGUGACAAUGGCUGGAUAUGGUUAUGGGCUUCCUAUAAGUCGUUUGUAUGCUCGUUAUUUUGGUGGGGAUCUGCAAGUCAUCUCCAUGGAAGGAUAUGGAACAGAUGCCUAUCUUCACCUGUCUCGUCUUGGGGAUUCACAAGAGCCUCUGCCAUGAGUAAAGGAAGAACCCCAUAGGGAAAUGUGGUAUUGAAAUUGAUCCAAUUGUAAUAACUUGGAAUUUAGCCCUUCCCCCUUUGUAUAUUCUGCCUUUUGCAUGGAGCAAAAAUGCAUUUUCUCACUACCAUUUAUUCUACCACUGGGUUAACUUUAACCAUUUCAUUA